GUUUUGCGGCGUUUUGAUUUGUAAGCAAUGUACGCUAAACGUAAGGAUUUCUCAAAAGGAGGAGGGCCGUCAGGGUCUCAAAAGAAAUUCCGAACUGGAGAUGACGAUGAAGAUGAAUUUGAAAGCCAUUUCGAAGCCGAACUGGCCAACAUGGAAGGGGAUGAAAUGUUGGAACAAGCACAUUUGGUCGGCCAGGGGCCGGAAGUCGAAAACACCUGUGCCAAAUGGAGCAGGCCCCAACCAAGAGAUUAUAAUCCGAAUCAAGAUGCGUUGAUAUUCCAACAAAUUGAUAUUGAGCAUUACGUCGGACAACCGAUGCCGGGAAUGCCUGGAGCGCAAAUCGGACCCGUUCCUGUUAUGCGUAUGUUCGGAAUCACUGAGGAAGGGAAUUCGGUUUGUGCUCAUGUUCAUGGUUUUACGCCGUAUUUGUACGUUGCGGCUCCGCGAGGGUUCACCAAGUCUCAUCUGGCAGAGUUUCGAACUGCGCUGGACAAAUCAGUGCUAAAUGAUAUGCGUUCGAACAAAGACAACGUUCAGGAAGCAGUACUGGAUGUUGAGUUGGUUCAGCGUCAGUCUAUUCUUGGUUACAACGGAGAGGAUAAAUUCACUUUUAUCAAAGUGAUGGUGGCUUUGCCGAAAUUGUUAGCAGCUGUCAAGAGAUUGCUGGAGAAAGAACAGAUGAUGCCGGAAAUGGACUUUCAGGACUGUCGAGUUUAUGAAAGUAACAUAGAUUUUGACAUUCGAUUUAUGGUAGAUACCGAUGUAGUCGGAUGCAGCUGGAUAGAGUUGCCUGCAGGAACUUGGCGAUUGCGCAAGAAAGGAACCAGUCCUAACAUGGAAACACGAUGUCAGAUUGAAGUGGAUGUUGCUUAUAAUAAAUUUGUGGCCCAUGCCCCAGAAGGUGAAUGGAGUAAGGUGGCUCCAUUUCGUAUUCUUAGCUUCGAUAUUGAAUGUGCAGGAAGAAAGGGCAUCUUUCCAGAACCACAGCACGAUCCGGUGAUUCAGAUAGCAAACAUGGUGAUUCGUCAGGGAGAACAGGAACCGUUUUUGAGGAACGUUUUCACUUUGAAAGGUUGUGCUCCCAUCGUGGGAUCACAGGUUCUUAGCUAUGAUUCGGAACAAGAACUGCUGAAUAAGUGGGCUAGUUUCGUGCGCGAACUGGAUCCUGACAUUCUAACCGGUUAUAAUAUUAACAAUUUCGAUAUACCUUAUCUGCUGAACCGGGCUAACCAUUUGAAGGUUAAAAAUUUUGAAUACCUCGGUCGAGUAACAAACAUCCGGUCAGUUAUUAAGGAGACUGUCAUUCAGUCCAAACAGAUGGGACGCAGAGAGAACAAAUUUGUCAACUUUGAAGGACGUGUUCCGUUUGAUUUGCUGUUUGUUUUACUGCGAGAUUAUAAACUGAGAUCGUAUACGCUUAACGCGGUAAGUUACCACUUUUUGCAAGAACAAAAAGAGGAUGUUCAUCACAGCAUAAUCACAGAUUUACAAAACGAAAGUGAUCAAACACGACGACGAUUGGCGAUGUAUUGUCUGAAGGAUGCGUAUUUGCCUCUUAGAUUGUUGAAUAAAUUGAUGUGUAUUGUGAACUACAUGGAAAUGGCCCGUGUCACUGGCGUGCCAUUGUCUUGCUUGCUCACGCGUGGUCAGCAGAUCAAGGUGAUGAGUCAGUUACUUAGAAAAUGCAAAGAUUCUGGUUACAUCAUUCCUUCUUAUCAUGGUUCCGGCUCGGAAGAGCAAUAUGAAGGAGCUACGGUUAUUGAACCGAAACGUGGAUACUACGCGGAUCCUAUCUCGACGCUGGAUUUUGCCUCCCUAUACCCGAGUAUUAUGAUGGCUCACAAUCUAUGCUACACCACUCUGUUGCAGCCAGGAAAUAAAGACAAGUUGGGUUUAACUGAUGAUCAGACCACACGCACUCCAACAAACAAUGUAUUUGUGAAGAAUUCAGUUAGGAAAGGGAUCCUACCGGAGAUUUUGGAGUCGCUGCUCGCUGCUCGAAAGCGUGCUAAAGCUGACCUGAAAGUCGAAACGGAUUCAUUCAAACGUUCCGUACUGGAUGGUCGUCAGUUGGCGUUGAAAAUUUCCGCUAAUUCUGUGUAUGGUUUCACGGGUGCCCAGGUUGGUAAGCUUCCGUGCCUAGAAAUUUCCGGAUCUGUAACAGCGUACGGUCGAACUAUGAUCGAGCAGACAAAGCAGGAAGUCGAACAACGCUACACGGUGGAAAACGGCUAUGAAAACGAUGCUGUCGUAAUCUACGGCGAUACCGAUUCGGUGAUGGUUAACUUCGGAGUCAAAUCUCUCGAGCGAAGCAUGGAACUGGGCCGGGAAGCGGCCGAUUUCGUCAGUGCUAAAUUCGUUAAACCCAUCAAGCUGGAGUUUGAAAAGGUCUACUAUCCAUAUCUGCUAAUCAAUAAGAAGCGUUAUGCGGGUUUGUACUUCACCCGCCCGGACAAGUACGACAAGAUGGAUUGCAAAGGCAUUGAAACAGUACGACGCGAUAAUUCACCUUUGGUUGCCAAUCUUAUGAAUUCCUGUCUACAGAAACUGUUGAUUGAUCGCAAUCCGGAAGGAGCAGUCGAGCACGCGAAACAGGUAAUAGCUGACCUUCUGUGUAACCGAAUCGAUAUUUCUCAGUUGGUCAUAACUAAGGAAUUAGCGAAAACGGAUUACGCUGCAAAGCAAGCUCACGUUGAGUUGGCGAACAAAAUGAAAAAGCGAGAUGCUGGCAGUGCCCCCAAGCUAGGCGAUCGCGUUCCUUAUGUUAUUAUAACAGCAGCCAAAAACACUCCAGCCUAUAUGAAAGCCGAAGAUCCGAUUUACGUACUGGAGAAUUGCGUUCCCAUCGACGCAAACUACUAUCUGGAGAAUCAGCUUUCCAAGCCCUUGCUUCGUAUCUUUGAGCCAAUCCUAGGAGAAAAAGCUGAAUCUAUUCUGCUUAGGGGUGACCACACGCGGACUCGAUCGGUUGUUACGUCGAAAGUCGGAGCCUUAGCGGCUUUCACAAAAAAGCGAGACGCUUGUCUCGGAUGUAAAGCACUCCUUCCUGCCGGAUACGAAGGGCAAGCUCUUUGUCAACACUGCAAACCUAGAGAGGCGGCACUUUAUCAACACGAAUUGAGCGGACAGCGUAUGCUAGAGGAACGUUUCUGUCGCUUAUGGACACAAUGUCAACGCUGUCAAGGCUCACUCCACGAGGAGGUCAUCUGUACCAGUCGAGAUUGUCCCAUUUUCUACAUGCGCACGAAGAUCAGAAUGGAACUGGUCACGCAGGAAAAACGGGUUGCACGAUUUGGUGUGCCAACAUGGUAGUUUUGUU